UAUAAUUUAAGACUUAAUCAAAAAUCAAGAAAUGAGAGAUUUAAUUGAUCCAACAGCGGACCAGGGAGCGGUCGCUCCAUCAUGCAGCAUAACAUCGCCAGAUGGAUCGGAAUCGGAAUUUAUGUUUGAAGACGAAGUUCAAGUCGUUGCUGUGAAAGAGAUUGCUGAUGGUGACGAUUUGAGUCAGAGGAGUACCGAAAGUAGCGAGAGCUCCGGAGAUGACCGAGCACAGUGGGGCGGGAAAUUAGAAUUUCUUCUGACAUGUGUCGGUUAUGCCGUUGGUUUGGGAAAUGUUUGGCGAUUUCCAUAUCUCUGUUACAGAAACGGAGGAGGUGCAUUUCUUAUCCCUUACACUAUUAUGCUGGCGUUGGUGGGAUUGCCCCUAUUUUAUCUUGAAGUCGCCAUUGGCCAGUACGCAAGUCUGGGACCUAUCUCUGUUUGGAGAAUAAACCCUUUGUUCAAAGGUGUUGGAUAUGCCAUGGUAAUCGUUUCUUGGUUGAUUGGGCUGUAUUAUAAUGUUAUUAUAUCCCAUGUUCUGUACUAUUUGGUCGCUUCAUUCACUUCGGAACUUCCUUGGACUUCAUGCAAUAACGAGUGGAACACACCCUUCUGCCGAGAAUAUGAUUAUAGCAACCAGAAAACGAUAGGAAACAGCACUCAAAACUCGACUUUUGGGGAUUUGACGGGUAUAGAAAACACCACCACAAUCCACCACAGUCUAAUUACAACCCCCAGUGAGGAGUAUUACAACCGCCACGUCCUUGGAAAAUCCUCAGGAUUGGAUGAGAUCGGAUCAGUUCAGCCAUAUCUGGUUUUAACUCUGCUAGCAGCAUGGAUAAUUGUGUACCUAACUCUCUUGAAAGGAAUACAAUCACUCGGAAAGGUUGUGUAUUUCACCGCCAUUUUCCCCUACGUCAUGCUGGUCGUUCUUAUGUUCAGAGGUGUAACACUUCCAGGAGCAGCUGAUGGUAUAAUAUACUACCUAAAACCAGACUUUGCAAAGCUUUUGGAACCACGUGUUUGGAGCGACGCCUGUACACAGAUCUUUUACUCACUCAGCGCAUGCUCAGGGGGACUGAUUGCCAUGUCUAGUUACAACAAAUUCAAAAACAACUGUUAUCGUGACGCACUGAUUGUUUGCAUCAUCAACUGUGGUACAAGCGUCUUUGCUGGUUUUGUCAUCUUCUCUAUUCUGGGUUUCAUGGCACAGGAAAAGAAUGUACCCGUUUCAGAAGUCGCACAAGGAGGACCUGGACUGGCUUUUAUUGUAUAUCCCGAAGCCUUAUCACGUCUUCCAGUCGCGCCUAUGUGGGCGGUUCUCUUCUUCAUUAUGAUGGCAACCCUUGGUUUUGGGUCUGAGUUCUCCAUUGUGGAAUGUGUACUUAGCGCCCUUACAGACGUAUUUCAACAGAUUCAGCCCAGAAAAGCCAACAUCAUAUUCCGCACUGUAUUUACCGCUUGUAGCUUCUUACUGGGACUUCCGAUGGUUUGCAAGGGUGGAAUUUAUCUGCUGAACUUGGUAGACUUCAGUGUCGGCGGCUUUCCUCUGCUUGUUGUCGGACUCUUUGAAUUAAUGGCGAUCAGCUGGAUCUACGGAUAUAACAGAUUUUCGGACAAUAUUUAUGCCAUGCUUGGAAGCAGACCAAAGAAGUAUUGGGAAAUUUGUUGGAAAUUUAUAUCACUGCUUGUUAUAGGUGUCACUGUCUUAAUGAAUAUUGUUAUGUAUUCCGAGCCCGAUCUUGACGGACAGACAUAUCCUGAAUGGGCAAAAGCACUUGGCUGGCUAAUCGUAAUGUUUCCUAUUAUCGUUAUACCCUUGUGGUUCCUGGCCAAGUACUGUAAAGAUGGAGGAUGGAAGUUAUUACGUGAAGGUGUCAAACCAUUGAAGUCUUGGGGACCCUCAGAAGCUAACAAGAAAUUUGAGUAUAGAGACAAUGGUGUGUCCUACAAGUCCGACCGUAGCGCUUUCGCUCAUCUGAUGAGCAGCAAUAUAUCCAAUAUGACUACCAAUACAACGUUAUCAGACUUUCCUCAUUUCAGUUCUUCCAAUGUUCUCAACGGCCCAAAUAUGGCGUGACCAUUGAAUGAUGAUAGAAACAAAAACUUUUAAGUCUGUG